AACCACCAGCUCGACCAAGGGCGGCACUCCAAAGGCAGCGACGACCGGCAGACCUACGCCGGCGACGCCCACAGCGGGGCCAAGGGCGGUCAGAAUCAUCACAAAGGCUCUAAGGGUCACCACGACAAAGGUCACAAGGAUGAGGUCAGGCUUCAAGAACGUCUACCACAAGGAGGAAUACAGCCACAGCCAGGACUUCUACGACGACAGCGACGACAAGAAAUACCACAGCAACUUCGACGACUUCGAUAGAUACUUCGAUGCUCACAGAGGCAACGACUACAAAGGAGGCCACUACAAGGGCGGACACAACCAGGACGCGUAUGGCCACAGGGGACACCAGCAGAAGGCCCAACACCACGACGACCACGCAGACUAUGAUGACCACUACGGCGAUAAGGCUCUUUCUGGCCAUAAGAGUUUGCAUGGGCACCGCGGAGGCCACCAGGCUCAUCAUGGACACGGUGGACAUGCAGGAGGAUUCGGCCAUAGUGGACACGUAGGCAAAUUCAUCCACGGUGGACACGGCGCUGGAUAUGGCCAUGCAGGACACGGUGGAGGCUACGGCGGCCACGGCACCCCUACCGCCCCCCGAUCGUUCUUCGAGAAGCGCCCAGAAGCCUCGGAUCCUUCGGCAGUUUCGGCAGAUCGGGUCACGCAGGCUUCGGCCACGCAGGGUAUUGAGGUCUACGGUAUCCACGCGAUCACACGACGGAUCCCGGAUGAGAGCUUGUCCGGAUGGUGUGGAUAUGGAUUCGUUACGGCGGAUACUUGACAGAACACGUUCGCUCGUCUCUGAGAAUUGGACUGAUCGAUAAGAUUAAUGUAUUUAUUAU